UGUGUUACGAGUGGUCGAGCGAGGGGGUGCGAGAGAGAGUGUGAUGGAGAGAGAGAGACUGGGCGAGCGCGCGCUGAUGAGCUGGAGUAUGGACGGCCAGCGAGACGAUGCGCGACUUUAGCCAGAGAAGACAUUGAAAGUACAAGAAGCUCCCAUCACGAGAAGAGCAUGUGAGCCUGAGAUCAUCACCGGCGACUCAGAAGACUGACACACGGGGUUAAAAAAAAAGACAGAAGAAGAAGGAGGAGGAGGAGGAAGAGGAGGACGAUCGGCGGAAGACCGAAGACAUUCUGUGGUUGUUUUCCUAGGUUUUGCCCUCUCGCACUCUUAAUCAUGAUCCCUCGGCUCCUCGUGCUCCUGUGGAUCUUCGGACACGGUGGGAAAUCCAUGUUUUCCCAGCAGCCACAGGACUUGGUCGUGGUGGCUGGCCAACCUGUGACAUUACCAUGUUCCAUCCCUGGUUACCAUGGUGUUGUCCUGUGGAUCAAAGAUGGCCUGGCGCUCGGGGUAGGGAGGGACCUCUCAGGCUAUCCCCGUUACACAGUGAUUGGCGACCAUGGCUCCGGGGAACAUCAUUUGCGAAUCCAGCGUGUGGAGCUGAUGGAUGAUGCCGUGUUUGAGUGUCAGGCUGUCCAAGCUGCCAUGAGAUCCCGUCCUGCCCGCCUCACUGUGCUCGUCCCACCCGAAGACCCCAUCAUCAGCGGAGGGCCAGUGGUGAGCCUGAGAGCCGGCGACCCGCUCAAUCUGACCUGCCAUGCUGAUAACGCCAAGCCAGCAGCCUCCAUCAUCUGGAUCCGCAACGGAGAGGUCCUCAAUGGGGCCAUGCACUCCAAGACGUUGCUCCGCGAUGGGAGGAGAGAGACCACGGUGAGCACGCUCUAUCUGUCGGCCUCCAACAUCGAGACUGGCCAACAGAUCAUUUGUAAGGCCUCAAACAAGGCAGUCCCCAAUGGCAAGGAGACCGGUGUCACAAUUGACGUCCAGCAUUUUCCUCUUGUCAAUCUCUCAGUGGAGCCUCAGCCAGUUCUUGAGGGAAACCUUGUGCGAUUUCACUGCUCUGCAAAGGCCAAUCCACCGGUCACACUUUACAGGUGGGCCAAAGGAGGAAGUAUAAUCAAGGAGGUCUCCGGCGAUACAUACGAGGUGAUCGUGGACCACUCCUUCUUCACAGAGCCGGUUUCCUGUGCAGUCACAAACCAACUCGGCAGCACCAACGUUAGCCGUCAUGUCGACGUCUACUUCGGACCUCGCAUGGCAGCAGAGCCUCAGUCCUUGCAGGUUGACCUUGGCUCGGAUGCCGUCUUCAACUGUGCCUGGACGGGAAAUCCCUCUCUUACCAUAGUGUGGAUGAAGAGAGGUUCUGGAGUGGUCCUGAGCAAUGAGAACCUUCUAACACUGAAAUCGGUGCGCCAGGAAGAUGCUGGGAAGUACGUUUGCCGUGCUGUUGUCCCAAGAGUUGGCGCAGGGGAGAAGGAAGUUGCUCUCACUGUCAAUGGGCCACCCACCAUUUCCAGCACUCAGACACAACAAGCCUUGCACGGGGAGAAAGGACAAAUCAAAUGUUUUAUUCGAAGUACUCCACCUCCAGACCGCAUUGCUUGGUCCUGGAAAGAGACGGUGUUGGAAUCUGGGACGUCUGGUCGCUACACCGUCGAGACGGUCACCACAGAGGAAGGAGUCAUCUCCACACUGACCAUGAGUAACAUUGUGCCCGCCGACUUCCAGACCAUUUACAACUGCACUGCGUGGAACAGCUUCGGCUCAGACACUGAGAUCAUACGCCUGAAGGAACAAGGUGGGAGCCAAGAAUCCCUCCCCGUGGCGGUGAUCAUCGGCAUCGCCGUGGGAGCUUUUGUGGCCCUCAUCGUCGUCAUGGGCACCAUCGGAGCAUUCUGUUGUGCCCGCUCCCAGAGAAAGGAAGCGCACCUGGUUAUGCCCUCACUGCCCGUCUCCAUCUGUGCUCACCAGAGAGAACUUGCAAGCAAAAUUAAAACAGAAAAUCUGAAAGGAGUCGUGUCUGCGAAAAACGACAUCCGGGUGGAGAUUGUACACAAGGACCACAACGCCGCGAGAGAAAACGAAGAGCACGCCUCCAUGAAACAACUGAUGGUGAGUGUGGAACGUGGCGAGUUCCAGCAGGAGUCUGCUCUGAAGCAGCUGGAGGUUCUGCAAGAGGAAGAGAAAGAGUAUCAGCACAUUAAGGACCCCACGAAUGGCUACUACAGCGUCAAUACCUUCAAGGAGCACCCGACACCAACCGUGGUGGGGAACCAGUCCGCCGAUGGGAGGAAUCCGACAAACACAAGCACCCUGGGCAAGCAGCGGGUCCCAACGGGCAUGUCCUUCACCAACAUCUACUCCACGCUGGGAGCGGGCCCCAAUCGUCUGUAUGACUACAGCCAACGCUUUGUGUUGGGCAUGGGCAGCAGCUCCAUUGAGCUGUGCGAGCGGGAGUUCCAACGUGGCUCGUUAAGCGAUUCCAGUUCGUUCAUCGACACGCAGUGCGACAGCAGCGUCAGCAGCUACAGCAAGCCGGACGGCUACGUGCAGUUUGACAAAGACAGCAAGGCGUCGGCUUCCUCGUCGUCCCACUACUCCCAGUCCUCAUCGCAGAACUCAGACCUUACCCGGCCACUCCAGAAGCGCAUGCAGACCCAUGUCUGACAGUCAGGAUGUGAGGGAGUGCGUUGAAACAGGGUGCGAACCAGCCUUCGGUGUGAAACUGUGUGUUCUUGUGAAGGUGCAGAAGACGGCUGGCUUGACCACGUGAAGACUUCUUUUCAGACUUCUGUACUCAAGUGUGGGUCAAGAAGCCUUAUACUGCCCUGUUGCUUCAUCACACAUUCUUUCUUGUCUUUUUUUUUUCGUAAUCUUGAGUCGUGCCACAGGAGCUAUGUUUGCCAACACAGAGACAGCCCAAGCAUGGAGUUUGAACUGACUUACCAGAUGGAAUUUUUCGGCUGAUUCAUGGAAAGUGAGACCGCAAGGCUUUUGUUUGAUAAUCUGGUCUGUUUUCAAAUACAGUGUUUAAAGAUUGUCAUUCUU